AAACGUCUCUUUCAAGGAAACAGGACCCGAGCAACACUAGCCGGGGGAGGAGUGGUGCGAGUUAUGCUCGUUGAUGCUUAGACCACAGUUCUUCCUUGAUACAAUAAUGCUUACUUUUUUAUUUAGCAGAACGUAAUAUAAAGGCUGUUUUAAAAGGACUUUACAUCAUGGCUACUACUGAAAAUACAGAAUCGGGCUCCCCAGAGAACAAGGCAGAACGCAGAACUGGCAACUCAGACACCAUGUACCCCUUGAAAGUGCUCUAUUGCGGAGUGUGUUCCUUGCCAACAGAGUACUGUGAGUAUAUGCCCGAACCGGCCAAGUGCAGGCAGUGGUUGGAGAAGAACUUUCCAGAUGAAUUUGCCAAGAUGGUUGUAGGGAGUACACCGAAGCAGGAUGCCGCGGAUGGAGAGGCACCCUCUCCCGGGGAGGAGGAGGAAAAGAAGAAGCAGAAGAGAGGUGGGAGGGGUCAGAUCAAACAGAAGAAGAAGACUGUUCCCCAGAAAGCAACAAUAGCCAAAAUUCCCCGAGCCAAGAAGAAAUAUGUGACUCGCGUGUGUGGCCUCAACACAUUUGGCAUCGACCUAAAAGAAGCGCAGCGGUUCUUCGCUCAGAAAUUUUCCUGCGGUGCUUCAGUAACAGCAGAGGAUGAAAUCAUCAUUCAGGGAGACUUUACGGACGAGAUCAUCGACGUCAUUCAGGACAAGUGGCCUGAGGUGGAUGAUGACAGCAUUGAGGACCUUGGAGAGGUGAAGAAGUGAAAAUCCAGUGUGCACUUUUACUAAAUCGCGACAUGACCGAAUGACAAGGCCAAAUAUAUCCACAUACAACUGGCAUUUUAUAUCUCUUUUAUUUACUGUUUAGAAACAGUGGACUUGGCCCCUUUUUUCAUGGUAUUUUCCGGUUCUGUACAGCUGCUUUUGUCUUGGUUGCCAAAGGUCUCAUUUGAUUGUGAAUUCUUCCAGUUCUGCUGCACUAAGGCAAUCUUUAGGUUAAUAAAUAAUCAGUUUGGUCUCA